AUGGCAUUUGCACCUCCUAGAAACAUGGAGGGCCCCAAGCUACAGACCAAGAUGAGCACUUGGACUCCACUGAACCAUCAACUCAUGAAUGACAAGGUUUUUGAAGAAAGAAAAGCCCUGCUUGGAAAAUGGUUUGACAAGUGGACAGAUGGUCAGAGGAGGAGGAUCCUGGUGGACCUGCUGGGACGCUGCUCCCUGGCACAGCAGAAGUUCUGUGCCAAGCAGCUACAGGCUCGAGUCCCCACCGAGGCUCUAGAUUUCACCACCAAGCUCCCCAGAGUCCUCUCUCUAUACAUCUUUUCCUUCCUGGACCCACGGAGCCUCUGUCGAUGUGCACAGGUGAGCUGGUACUGGAAGUACCUGUCUGAACUGGACCAGCUCUGGAUGCUGAAGUGCCUGCGUUUUGGCUGGUACAUCAACUUCUCUCCAACCCCCUUUGAACAAGGCAUCUGGAAGAAACAUUACAUUGAGAUGGUGAAAGAGCUGCACGUCACGAGACCAAAGACUCCUUCAAAGAACGAGUUCGUAGUUAUCGACGUGCAGCCAGUAAGAAGCAACGUCCCAGAAGCAAAACUUUGUGUGUCAGGAAGGAGGAGAAACAAGGAGAGGAGAGAGCUGCCCCCCUGGCGUUCCUCAGACAGGCACCCUACAGACACCAUCAGAUUCAACUACCUGGACAACUACCACCCCAUCGAGCAGGCCAGGCAGGCGUAA